AUGCCUGCGGUGCACACCUCCAGUCCGGGCGAUCAACACAGCACCAUCACCAAUCCUUUCGAGGAGAAGCAGCCGCGCAUGUCGGAAUAUACGGCCCAGGAAAUUGCCACCCUGCAGAGCCGGCUCGAGAAACAGCUCGGCCCCGAGUAUCUGUCGUCCCGAUCAGGUCCGUCCGGCCAGAAGGUGCACUACAUCGCCGCCGAGAAAUGCAUCACCCUCGCCAACGAGAUCUUUGGCUUCAACGGCUGGUCCUCGGCCAUCCAGAACAUCCAGAUCGACUUUGUCGACGAGAACGCGCAGACGCAGCGCGUGUCGCUGGGCCUUUCCGUCAUCGUGCGCGUGACGCUCCGCGACGGCACUUUCCACGAGGAUAUCGGGUACGGACACAUUGAGAACUGCAAGGGCAAGGCGGCGGCCUUUGAGAAGGCCAAGAAGGAAGGGACCACGGAUGCGCUGAAGAGGGCGCUGCGGAACUUUGGCAAUGUGCUGGGCAACUGCAUCUACGACAAGGCGUACCUGCAGAAGGUGACCAAGAUGAAGAGCGAGCCCGUUCGGUUCAACGAGAAGAGUCUGCACCGCCAUGCGGACUUUACGCCGAAGGAGGUCAAGCAAGAAAAGAUGGAGGCGUCUGGUGCGAGUGCUACAGCCCCCGCUGGUAUGGGAGCUGCCGAUGUGGGCUUGGGAGACGACGCUUUCGAGGAUCUUUUGGGAGAAUUCGACGAGGUCGACUUUUGUGUAGUCGAGGAAGGCCACCCGGACGAGGUGGGAGUCUCGGAGCCGGCUCAGAAGAAUGCAGCCGCAGGCAAGCCGAACCAGCCGCCGGCCCCAGGCGCGGCAGGCGCACAUCAUAUGCAGCCACCUUCUCGGCCUCUGGGUCGGUCUACAUCCGCCGCAGGUAACUAUGCCCGCCCGCCGCAGACACCGAACCAGGCACAGUCGCGGCCAGGUCCACCUCCCCAAAACAAUCAGAACAACCAGACCAGGCCGAACCCCCAACAGCAGCCUCCCAAUGGCGGUCAGCGGCCAAAUGCGAAUGCGGCUUCAAACCAAAACGCACCGCAGCCGGCCCAGAACCAAGGUCAAGGCGCGGCGGCCCCGCCUACCGGCUCGGAGCCUGUGGCCUUCUUCUCGGCUCGCGCCGUCGCAAAGACUGGCGAGGCUGCACCCCCCACCCCUCAGCCCGGUCUCCUGUUCAACCCCAAGGCGGAGAGCCCGUCCAUCAGGAAGACGCCCGGCAUCGACCACACGACGUCCAAGCCCGUCAACCGCAGCGGCCAGCACGUUCCUCCUAGUCAGUCCGGCGAAAAGCCGUCGGGUCCGGGCGCGAAUGCCGCUGGCAGGCCAGCAGGUCCUGGCAUGGGCAGGGGCAACAUCUUGAACCCGCAGCUGGACACUGCGCGGCGUGUCGGCUUCCCCGGCGGCCCGGCGAGCCCGCUUGCGAACCGGGGUCAGUAUAAGCCCCCGACGAUCAAGCGACCGCUCCCGGCCGAGGGCGCAGCGGGACGGCCGCCGUUGGCCGAUGUGUCGACCAAUGCGCCGGGCGCUGGUGGCCCUCCAGCAGGUGGUGCCGCAAAGGGCGCCGGUGUCGUGAAUGGGGAGGCGAAGAGGCAGAAGAUUGGCUGA